CGCACGCAUUCCAAAAAAAUCGCCGGCGGAUCUGCCUUGAAGUCCAUUCCGGCGAAUGGCGACUUGAGACCGGCGACAGAAAAAUCUUGCCGGCGGGACCCUGCCGCCUCGUGAUUCACGCCGCCCUUCCGCCGCUACUGCGUAAUUCACCCCUUCCGCCGCUGACUUUGCCGCCUGCCGCCGUGACCACACUCAACUGUCUCCUUGCCGUCAGACAGUAUCGUCUCUCUACUGUGUCCUUGCCGUUGGACUGCCCGGCUGCCUCUAGAAUUGUAGAAUUAGGCACCAUGAAACGGAAGGAGCGUUGGUGGAUGUAUGAUAGAUAUGACAAUGGGCGUAACUUGAGGCCCGAGUUCUUGAGGGGGGUUGAUGAAUUCAUUGAAUUUUGCAAAGCAAAUCCUGAAAGCCCAGGUUUGGAUGAAGUUAGAUGCCCGUGUCCGAAAUGCAAGAACAGACGUAUGCAUGACGCAGACACGGUUAAAGUGCACGUGUAUAGAAAGGGAUUUAUACCUGAUUACUACGAUUGGUAUUCUCAUGGUGAAGAGUUACCUCGAUCCGCACAUGAGCCAUCUAAUCCAUACCGUGAAAUGAUUUUCGAUGCUCUUGGGAAUAACUCAGAACCGUCCAAUGUUGAAGAGCCUGGUGGAAUGGACGAGGAGCCUAAUCCUCAAGCAAAGGUGUUUCUUGACCUAUUAAAGGCUUCUGAGGAACCAUUGUACGAAGGGAGCUCCAUGUCCGUGUUGGAAAUGGCAUCUAGAAUAGUAUCUCUGAAAUGUGAGUAUAAUUUGCCACAUAGGUGUGUUGAUGCGUUUGCUUCAUUAGUGAAAGAAGCAAUACCUAACAACAACAACAUGAGUAACACAUUUUACGAUACGAAGAAGAUUUUGGAGGGAUUAGAGCUUCCCCACGAGAGGAUUCAUGCGUGCCCCAAAGGUUGUAUGUUAUUUUGGAGAACUGAUGCACACUUGGACAGAUGUACAGUGUGCGAUAGCGACAGAUACAAAAGGACUUCUAAGGGGUCUUUAGUUCCAAUGAAAGUUCUGAUUUAUUUCCCAAUUACACCGAAUUGCAAAAGGUUGUAUGCAACAAAAAAUGUUGCUGAAGAAAUGACAUGGCAUGCCAAAAAUCCGAGAGCCGAAGAAAAAAUGGCUCACCCUAGCGAUAGUGAAGCUUGGAAGCAUUUGGAUAGAUCCUUUGACGAAUUUGCAUCUGAGCCUAGGAAUGUUCGGCUCGGUUUGUGUACCGAUGGGUUUGGUCCACAUGGAAAGUUUGGGGGUCAGUAUUCAUGUUGGCCGGUCAUCUUAACCCCGUACAACUUGCCGCCAUCGAUGUGCAUGAAGAAACCCUUCAUGUUCCUUUCGUUGCUCGUUCCUGGUCCUAAAAAUCCGAAGGGGAACUUGGAUGUGUACAUGCAACCCUUAAUCGAGGAAUUGAAGCAAUUAUGGGAUGUUGGAGCAACUACUUAUGAUAUUUCUAGGAAACAAAAUUUCAAUAUGCGUGCUGCCAUUCUUUGGACAAUAAGUGAUUUUCCUGCGUACGGUAUGCUAUCUGGUUGGGCUACAGCUGGGAAAAAGGCAUGUCCUUACUGUUUGGACAAAUCUAAAGCUUUUUGGCUCGACCAUGGGGUAAAGUUUCUUGGUUUGAUUGUCACCGUCAAUUCCUACCCUAGAUCAUCCUUUUCGUAA